UGUACCUCCUGACUGUUGCUUGCUCACGCCCAGACCUACACCUAGUGUGCACCAACGCAGUCCGAUGACAUCGCCCUUCAUUCCUGCCAAUACCUUGAUCUCUCUCUCCUCCGGAACCCUCCACACACAUUCUCUGAGCGUCCUGCCCUCCUUCCGAUUCCUUCCACCUUCGCCGUCCACCCCCUCCCAUCCUAGCCCCAUAUAACGAAGCUUCAAUGGCUCCAGACCUCAACUCCCUUCCUCCCUCAAGAUCAUUAUCCGGAUCACCAGCAAUGGCUCGAACUCUAUCAAACUCCGGAGAGGCAGCUGCCUUGCGCGGCCAAAGUCCUUCACCUUCUCCACGAUCAGCUUCGACAUCUCUUCAAGCUGCCGCGGCCGUCAACGCCGGACUUCAGCAGGAGGACCAGAUUGCAAGACGCUCAUCCAGCACAUCCACUCGAAAUAGACAACCAUCUCAUACAGGCCGACGACGUUCCACCGUCUUGAUGAACUUGCAACUCAACGACCCCGCUAUUCCUCCGCCUGGCGAGAUGAUCAAUGAAGCUGCCGCCAGUACAUAUCGAGCAACAAGUCCUCUGUCGAUGACAGGUUCACCUACUAUUGGCGGUAUUCCAGAUCCGCAUCACUACCGCACACCGAGCCUUGGGGAGAUACAUCAGGAGCUAGAGCAAGAACAAGAGGCGCAAGUGAACCGCCUGCUCCAAAUGAUUCGGACACAGCAGCAACAUCUCCAACAGCUCCAAGCACAAACCGGUCAAAGCCACGGCACACCUCCAGUGAUCGACGAGUCCACACCAACCUCAGAAAGAUCAAUGUCCUUCUCUAAUCCAAACAUUCCACAACAAUCAAGCACCUCAACACCCCGUUCGCCCUCGACUGUCCUCCACCCACGAAGCUCCUUUGAUCUCGCAAGGGCAGACCUUCAGCAACGACGUUCAAGAACUCCUAGUCGCACCGCCUCACCAAGAUUAAGAUCUACUUCUAUUAGUGGCGAGGGCGGGGAUGCUUGGAGUCUAGGCGGACGCGAUGAGAGUGCUUUCUACCAAGCAGAAACACAGAUGAUGAUUAGAGAGAACCAAAUGUUGAGACAGAGAAUCAGAGAACUGGAACGCCAAGUCUCUGAAUUGCAUGCGAACUCAUCGAUCACGCAUGAGCCUGUCACUCCGUCCCAUCUACUUCGUUCUCAGUCUGUUUCCGAAAUGACUGCACCUCCGAUCUCAGGUGUAAUCUCUACUUCUGGUGCUGCUGGAGAACCGCCGAAGGAAGAAUGAACUAUACAUGUUUCCUUUCCCCUAUAAAUCUGGGAGGCGUUAAAUGGGAGGCUAAGGCGAUGUUAAAUCCGGUUGGGGGGUUCAAUGGAGUCUAAGCAUGGGCAUGGCCUGGAGGCACCGGCGUAAUCUUUGAUCUGCGACUUGCAUUAUGGAGGAUGAGUUAUGGUGCUCAUGCAGACAAAAAAAUAAAAGCAUACUCGACCCCACUUAUCAAACAUUCGCUCUGGAGAUUUACCAAUGAUGAAUCCUUGCUGUGCAAUACAAAUACCCGUGCUUCGU